GUUGUAUGUUUUUGUUUAUAAACGAUUCUUAAAAGUUUGAUCCUUUUGGUUAGAGUAAUAAUACAUUUGUGAAAGUAAUUAGACAUUGCGUUGUUUCAUAGAAUAAAAUAAUUGUGGCCAUUGGCUGAGGUCGUCUGGUCAGUGCAUAGAUUUGGAUAAGAUACACCUCAUACAUUGGGACUAUGGCGGCAUCAGGGAGAAAACAGAAUAAGAAGAUCAAACACACUGAUAACUCGACAGAUCUGAAGACGUUUGACUUCGAUACAGAGGAGAAGAAAGAGCUGAGCGGAUCUGACGAUGAUACAAGAAAUGGUUCUCGUUGUAAUUCCCGUUUUGCUGCAUUAGAAACUCCAAUUAUUGACAAGCCUGCCAAGAAACGACCAGCAGAUGCAUUUGAUGAUGAUGACCUGAAUGUAGGCGUGGGGAAUGAAGUUCAAACUAUGCUGGAAAGAUUUGGUGCAGACAUCAGCAAGGCCAUGCAGUCCAAAAGGAAACGCCUGGAGGCUCUUACCAAAAUCUCUUUAAAGGGUAGCACACAAAAACUGGAGCAAAUGUGGAAAACUCAACAGAAUCAGAGGCAGAAGCUGACACAGGACUAUUCCCAGCAGGUCUUCGGUGUCCUACAGCAGUGGGAAACUGAUGUUCAGAAAUCAGAAGAACAAGAAGAAAAACUGAAUAAUUUGUUUCGCCAGCAGCAGAAGCUCCUCCAGCAAGCAAGGGUUGUGCAAAACCAAAAAAUGAAAACCAUCAAAGAGCUAUACGAGCAGUUUGUCAAGAAAAUGGAAGAGAUGGAGAAAAGCCAUGAAACUUUCCUGCAGGGCACCCAGAUGGAGCUUAAAAAGGAGAUGGCCCUGCUGCAGAAGAAGAUUAUGAUGGACACAUCUUUUUAUUGAGAAACAUGUUAUGGAACAAUAUUCAGUGCAACAAUUGAUCAACAACAGGAGAUGGCCAAUGUUCGGAAGUCUCUUCAAUCCAUGCUGUUUUGAAAAUAUCUAUUCGAAUUUCAUCUUUUGUUCAAAUUGAAUUUCAACAGAAAGUUUUUUUUAAAGUUCCUAUAAAUCACUAAGUGAUCUCUGUGUUUUCUUUUGCAACAGUUUGUGCAUUUUAAUACAUAAUUUCCCUCUUGUUGUAUGAUAAUAAAUUGUUAUCCAAGUA